AAAGAAUAUCAGUGUUCAUUCCUUCUGGAUCUGUACUCCCACAUGAAGGACUGUGAGACUAAAACAGGCUUGAGAGUUCUUCCAUCAGUACAGUCAGUUUUCCAGUCAGCUCCUGCUGUCUGGUACAUUGACCUCUCAAAGAGAAAGACCUCCAUCCUCCUGGAAGUGCUGAGACUCCGUCCAGAGAAGACUCCAGUGGAGCUGACGGGCUGUCCAGAUGAAGAGAGUGAAGUGAGGAGCUUCCUUCAGUGUCUGCCUCAUAUCUCACAGCUCAGCUUUCAUUUCAGUUUCUCUGAGGGGUUUAAAAGAGGAGUCGAGUUGUGUGGACGUCUGUUCUGUGCAGCAGCAGAGAGAGAACAGCAGACAGGAGAGAACACACUGCAGCUGUUAUCAUCACUGUGCACAUAUGAAACAUUUCCUAUCAGUGGCCGAUACAUUCAUGAUGACACCAAGAAAUAUCAGUGUUCAUUCCUUCUGGAUCUGUACUCCCACAUGAAGAACUAUGAGACUAAAACAGGCUUGAGAGUUCUUCCAUCAGUACAGUCAGUUUUCCAGUCAGCUCCUGCUGUCUGGUACAUUGACCUCUCAAAGAGAAAGACCUCCAUCCUCCUGGAAGUGCUGAGACUCCGUCCAGAGAAGACUCCAGUGAAGCUGACGGGCUGUCCAGAUGAAGAGAGUGAAGUGAGGAGCUUCCUUCAGUGUCUGCCUCAUAUCUCACAGCUCAGUUUCUCUGAGGGGGUUAAAAGAGGAGUCGAGUUCUGUGGACGUCUGUUCUGUGCAGCAGCAGAGAGAGAACAGCAGACAGGAGAGAACACAAUGCAGCUGUUAUCAUCAGUGUGCAGAUAUGAAGCAUUCUCCUACCUUGACGAGCCGGAUUUCUUUCUGGAUCUGUGCUCCCACAUGAAGGACUAUGAGACUAAAACAGGCUUGAGAGUUCUUCCAUCAUUACAGUCAGUUUUCCAGUCAGCUCCUGAUGUCUGGUACAUUGACCUCUCAAAGAGAAAGACCUCCAUCCUCCUGGAAGUGCUGAGACUCCGUCCAGAGAAGACUCCAGUGGAGCUGACGGGCUGUCCAGAUGAAGAGAGUGAAGUGAGGAGCUUCCUUCAGUGUCUGCCUCAUAUCUCACAGCUCAGCUUUUAUUUCAGUUUCUCUGAGGGGUUUAAAAGAGGAGUCGAGUUGUGUGGACGUCUGUUCUGUGCAGCAGCAGAGAGAGAACAGCAGACAGGAGAGAACACACUGCAGCUGUUAUCAUCACUGUGCACAUAUGAAACAUUUCCUAUCAGUGGCCGAUACAUUCAUGAUGACACCAAGAAAUAUCAGUGUUCAUUCCUUCUGGAUCUGUGCUCCCACAUGAAGGACUGUGAGACUAAAACAGGCUUGAGAGUUCUUCCAUCAUUACAGUCAGUUUUCCAGUCAGCUCCUGCUGUCUGGUACAUUGACCUCUCAAAGAGAAAGACCUCCAUCCUCCUGGAAGUGCUGAGACUCCGUCCAGAGAAGACUCCAGUGGAGCUGACGGGCUGUCCAGAUGAAGAGAGUGAAGUGAGGAGCUUCCUUCAGUGUCUGCCUCAUAUCUCACAGCUCAGCUGCAGUCAGCCAGAGUUUUUCCAGCUUGUGUGCACAUCGGUUUCUGUCAGAUCCAGAGAUGAGGCUGAGACGUUGGUUCCUCUGCUGCGGCUCCUGGGAUUCACCCUUCAGUUAACAGGAACGUUACUCAGCAAAACCUGCAAGUCUGUGGGACGAGUUCUUGGACUUUGUGGUUCUCGUGUGGAUCUCAUCCUCACACCCAGAAUGAUGUCUGUCAGAGGAGCUUCACUCCUAUUCAGACACACCAAAAAACUACACAGUCUGAGGCUUUCCAACAGCAUCGCCUUGCUUCUGUCUGGAUGGGUAAGAAGACAGAGAGUGCCCUGUCUGACUGUUACUGAGCAGCUUUCUCUUGCCUCUCAGUCAGACCGACCUUCAGAGAAAGUGUUUAGGGUUGUGAGUAGUUUGGCAUCUCUGCUGCGAUACUGGACAGUCAGACAGUUGGAUCUAACUGAGUCCUGGAUCCCUCCUCAGUGUCUCUUUUCACUGCUCUCUCAUGAUGGCCCUCUUACAAUCAAGUUGAAUGAGAAAACUUCCCGGCAGCUACUUGACCUCCUCCAUGAAACUCAGGACAAUGACUUGACCUUGGCCUUCUUGAGAAAGGUUAAUGGAGACCUGACCCCCUUCUGUCUGAACUGGGAGCUUCUUCAACGUCUUCUGCAGCAGUCGUCUCAGAUGAUUACUGUGAACAUGAGGAAAAACAGCUUCCUACAAGAGAGCAUCACACGUCUGCUUCCCUUUCUGGGCAGGAUUGUAUUUGUAAGGACUUGUCCCAGCUUUGUGUUGACUUCCCUCAGAGAGAUCUAUACAACUCGUGUCAGUUCAGUUGUACCCAGUCUUCUGAGGUCAUUUGAUCACGUGAUCAACCUGACCUGCCGAGAGAUGGACUCAGAGGACUGUGCUGCUCUGCUCUUCACCCUCAAACACAGUGAUGGAGUGAAACUGAACCUCCUGUGGACCUCCAUACCAACGGUGGGACUCAAAUCCAUCCUCUGCACACUGGACAAAGUUUCUCAACUCAGUGUUGACAGGAAUCUGCUGCUGAAGUUCAUCCACUGCUGCGCUGCCUCUGAUGACCAGCAGAGGGCAGCAGUCAGUCUGCUCAGGACUCUGCAGCACAGGUUAGAUCUGUCCUGUUCCUCCUGUGUGGAGAUGUCUGAGGAAGGUCAGAGUGAGACUUUCAGACUGACGGUCGCUGACUGCAGCGCCGUCUCCACCAUCCUGAGACACAGCAGCCAGGACACAGAGCUUCAUCUGCAGGACUGUGAUGUGGAGGACAGUGGACUGGACCUGCUGUUUCCUGUCCUGGACAGAGUCCGCCUCAGGUUUGGGGCUGAGUGGGGACCACAAAAUGAGCAAGACAACAGUUUGAGUUUGUGUUGUUCAUGUCAGUUCACUAACAGCCUGCCCUUCACUCUGAUUCUCCUGUUUAGAGUCAAUAAAGUUGUCCUGCUCCAGCUGGUGUCGCUGGUUCCUUUGAUCAAUGAGCGGUAUUCAAUGAGACGGGCGGGGUCCCUGUGUAAAGCCCUGGGUGGAGAGCUGGACCUCAGUCACACUGUACUGGAUCAGAAGGCCUGUGGAGCUUUGGCCUGGAUGCUGGACUUCUCUGAAGGGCUGACAGAGCUGGACCUCAGUCACUGCCAGCUAACCGACCAGCUACUGCUCACAAUCAAGGAACAUCUGCACAAAGUACAAGUCCUCGACCUGAGUCACAAUAAGAUCAGCGAUGCUUCAACAUCCAUGUUGCUCGAACUGAUCUCCAUCAACCCAUCCAUUGAAACCGUGCGACUCUUCAGGAACAACAUUGUAAACCAAACACCCUUUAAGAAAACCAAGAAGUUUGAAAUCUGGUGAAACAGGAGCGAGUGUGGUGUGAAUGUGCUGCUCAGGGAAGAAACUGUUUAUAAACUCAGAAUAUACUGACGUUUAAAAUAAUGAAGAAGCAGCCGGCAAAGUUCUCUGAUACUUAAUGCUGAAGAGCGUUCCUUUACUGUGCUCAUAUCUAAGGUCCAUCUUUAUGGUACCGGACCUUUAUGCUUCAGAUCUUUCUGUUGGAACAUGACAGAAUUAUUUUUAUAUCGGGAUAAAAACAGAAGCCAGAACUGUUUUGUAAAACAUAUUCAUUUGUAUUUAAUCACUUCAAGGACUUCAUGAUAACUUUUUGAACUCAAUGAUGAACGUCUUCUUUUGAAUUUUAUGGAUUUUAAGAGUUUAUUUUUUUGGUAAUGGGAAAUGUGUGGUUGUUCCAAAUCAGAUGAAAAUGUUUAAUGUCUCUUAUCAGCAUAAAGUGCAGGUAUAAAAACAUUUCUGCUCCAUCAUGAAAUGUACUUUUUUUUAAAAAGUCUUUAUUUUAGACUUUGGACAUCAACAAUAUCACAGAGCAUUGUCACAGAAAAACAAUUAAGUCUCUUUUGCAGUCCUCAGCUUUUUAAAUAUAAACAUAAAGAACUAAAUACAGUGUGGGAGAGAUAAAGUGAGUGUUCAAAAUGAAUUCAAGAAAAAAUAUCAGAAAAAAUACCAGAGAGAGAGAAAAAAAAUAAGCAAAUAAAUAAAAGAUUGAGCUAAAUGAAAUGGGGUUUGCUAAGACAUCACAAGAUCACCUCCACAAAAUCUGUCUGCAAUGGUUUCACAUAUUUAACCUACUUGGACCAGAGUUUAACAAAAACAAAAAGUGAUCCUUUCCAUAACAUAAAUAUCAUUUACAAUAUCAAUCCAGCCGUGUAUGGUAGGAGGUUCAGGAAGUAACCAGUGCUGAGUAAUGGCUUCUUUACAAGCAGAGGCUAAUAUGCCAAAACAAUGUGUGAAACUGCAGGGGCAGGUCCAUGUUAAGAAUACACUUCAAUGUUUUAUUAAACUCUAACCAAAAGGGUUGUAUUACUGGGCACGCCCAGAAAAUGUGCCAGAGGUUAGCUUCCUGAGAGCCACACUGCCUCCAGCAUUUGGUAUCUCCUCCUGCAUAAUGUGCUUUCUGCUUUGGAGUGACAAAGAAGCGAUUACAGCACUUCCAACCAAAUUCCCACCACACUUGAGAGUUUGUGCAUUUCCAUGUAAGCUCCACAUAUCCAACCAGUCUUCACUUGGUACUGAAAGAUUUCCCUCUUUCUCCCAUUUACCUUUAACAUAUUCUGUUGUGUGUAAUUUCUUUUGCAUUAGAGCCUUAUAAAGUUUGGAGAUAGCUCCUUUACUUGAAUCAUUUUGGGAUGCACCUAAAAGUAAUUUUAGUAUUGGAUCCUCAAAGUCUGUUUUAUUUCUUAUAUUAUGGUCAAAAUAAUUACACACCUGAAGAUAUCUAUAGAAAUCUGAUCUUUCAAGUCCAUAUUUUCUCCUCAGAGUCUCAAAAUCCUUAAACUGACCUUUUUCUGUUAAAGAAAAGAAUGUUGUUAUUCCUUUUGUGCUCCACGAUUUAAAUCUAAAAUCCAUUUUGUUUAAAACCGGGAUCAUAGGCACAUCAUUGAAUUAUUUGUAUUUUAUCAUCAAGUUUAUAUUCUUCUCUUAUUGUCCUCCCGGUUUUUAACUGAGCUUUGAUUAAAAGGAUUUUGUAUUGUAUCUAUAAAUCCACCCAGAUUUUUGUGUGCCAACACUGCCUGAAGUGGAGGGUCAUUCAUGCUGGUGAGUUCGAUGUCUUUCCACCUCGCCUGAAAUGUUGGAUUACAGAUAUUUAUGAAGGGUUUGAUCUGGGUAGCAUAAAAGUAAUCCUUGAAAUGAGGGAGGGCCAUCCCUCCUUCUUCCUUUUGGAGUUGUAAGGUUUGGAGUUUAACCCGGGGUUUUGUCCCUUGCCAUAUAGACGGGUUUCUUGGAUACAAACAGUACUGGGUGCGCGCGCAGCCAGGGGGCAAAAAGAACGCUUCGUUAGCCAUGAUGAGUCAAUUGAUAUCAGUGUAGAUGUCUUAUUGUUUGUAAGUUCUCGUUGACUAAUUUGUAAUAAAAUGUAAUUUCAUA